AUGCCUUUAGAUAUUUUGAAACAUAUCAAACAUGAUUUAGGAACAACUUCAGGUUUGGAUCCAAUACAACACAUUGUACAAUUUGGAGCUAUGUAUGGUCUUCCAGAAUGGGCUUGCACGGUUACUGCUGUUGAUAAUAUUAGAUAUCUGUCGUUUUUCUUUGGCUGUGAAAUGUGUGGUAUUCAACACGAAGGAAAAUGUGCUUAUGAGUAUACUAGAGAACUAUUCUAUGUUCUAUUUUUUUCACAAGUGUCUAAGGAGUUCGGUGCUAAUAACAGUAACAUUAUCUUUUUCAGACAUUGGUUACAGAUGAUUUCUAAGUGUGGUCGUGAUGGUUGGCGUGGUCAUAUUCAUUUCAUUUCAAGAUUACAAUCUAAAUGCAGUAUACUUCCAAACAGAAAUAAGAGAAAACUAGGUGAUUAG